UCUCUCUCUUUUGGCUCCCAUUUCUUUAUAUUUUAUAAUCAUUUACUGACUUUUAAUUGUAAUUCAUCUAAAUUGUGAAUCACCUUUUUGUUUUCUUUUUCAUUUUACCCUUUUAAUCAAAUUUUUACAUUCAUUAUUGUGUUCAUUAUAGUACUAGAUAUUUAUAUUUUAACCUAGUGAUAUUUAAAUCCUAGUUAUGGCCAGUGAUGGUGAUCACCAGUCACAAGCUACUACUAGUGGAACCUCAACAACAAUUCAACAACCUGGUAAUGGUUCUGGUGUAGGUUGUGGGGAAACCGAUAAACCAAAUGAUUCGAUCGACGAUUUGAGAAAAGAAAUAGAAAGGUUAAAAUCAAGAUUAGAAGAAGAAAGGAAAAAAUUAAAUGAUGUUUCAUUUGCACAAGUGGCUCAAAGGUUAGAAAUUUUAGGAAGUCUUAAUAUAAAACAAAGGAGAGUAUUGAAAGGACACCAAGGAAAAGUCUUAUGCUCAGAUUGGUCUCUGGAUAAGAGGCAUAUUGUUAGUUCAUCUCAAGAUGGUAAAAUGAUUAUUUGGGAUGCAUUCACCACAAAUAAAGAACACGCCAUAAGUAUGCCAACAACUUGGGUAAUGUCCUGUGCUUAUGCACCUUCCGGAACUAUGGUAGCCUGUGGAGGGUUGGACAAUAAGAUAACUGUUUUCCCAUUGAGUAUAGAAGACGAUGCUCAAGCCAAAAAGAAGCACGUAGGAACCCACACUAGUUACAUGUCUUGUUGUCUUUUUCCUGGUACCGAUCAACAAAUUCUUACUGGAAGUGGAGAUAGUACAUGCUCUUUGUGGGAUGUUGAGUGUUCAACUUUAAUUCAAAAUUUUCAUGGACACCUGGGUGAUGUUAUGUCCAUUGAUCUUUCUCCUUCAGAAACUGGCAAUACUUUUGUUUCUGCCGGAUGUGAUAGACAAGCAUUAAUUUGGGAUCUUAGGACGGGACAUUCAGUGCAAUCAUUUGAAGGACACGAAUCUGAUAUCAAUUCUGUGAAAUAUCAUCCAAGUGGAGAUGCUAUUGUUACCGGUUCAGAUGAUGCCUCUUGUCGUCUUUUUGAUUUACGUGCAGAUCGAGAAGUUGCUGUUUAUUCAAAAGAAAGUAUACUCUUUGGAGUCAAUUCUGUUGAUUUUUCCGUUAGUGGUCGUAUUUUGUUUGCCGGUUAUAAUGAUUAUACAGUACAUAUUUGGGAUGCUUUAAAAUGCCAACGACUCUGUAUUUUAUAUGGACAUGAAAAUCGUGUUACUUGUAUCAAAGUUUCUCCUGACGGUACAGCUUUAUCUACUGGAAGCUGGGAUUUCUCACUCAGAAUAUGGGCUUAAAAAGUUUCAUUGAUUCAUAGUAAACCUAUCAAGAUAAUCGAGCCAUAACACCGAUCCGGUAAAGUUUGAUUCUCAUAUCAGAGAAUUGGAUUAACAAAUCAAAUUGGAAUGGUGAUGACGAUGAUAACUGGAUUAAAACUUUAGGAUGGACAAUUUGGUCCUGUUGUUACUAAAUUAUUAAUUCUAUUAUGCUGUUGAUUGAAAGACAUUGGUAAUGUACCGAAAUGAGAAAUGUUUUAAAACCUAAAAGGAACCAAAGUUGAUGAUUUCAUCAACAUGAGCCAUUUUUUCUUCUUUUUUUGUAAUAUUGAACAAAUUUGAACAUACCUUGGCAAGAAUAAUCCAUUUUAAUUGUAGAUAUACAAAUUCAUACUUGACUAGAUUGAGUCUAUUGUUUUGACGAAGAUUAGGUUUGAAAAGCCAAAAAUAAAAACAAGUGAUAAAAUUUGAUCGAGACCUAAAAACUUGCCGUUUUAAAUAAACGAGAAAAAAAACGCAAAUAAAAAAUGAAAAUAUUAACAA